GGAGCUAAAGCAUCAGUACCUCUCUCUCUCUCUCUCUCUCUCUCUCUAUAUAUAUAUAUAUAUAUAAGGAGGUAGCUACCCCAUCCAGCUGCAACUAAAUCUCACAUCCACACUCACCAAUUAGGCAAAGUAUUUUCCAAUCACACGCAAAAGCUACUAAAUAUCGAUGUUCAGAAGACGGUCGAGAAAGGCAUCUACAUCCCAGCUGUCCCCGAGCACAGCAGCUGUUCACAUGGCCAAUGAUCAUCCUCCUGCCCAGCGUGGCCCCGUGGUGGAAGAAAUCCGGGACCUAAUCAAAGUCUACAAAGAUGGACACGUAGAAAGACCCCACCUCAUCCCUAUCGCUCCCUCUUCCGAACUCGCCGCCGUCGCCUCCAUCGACUUUGUUAUCCACAAACCCACAAACCUCUGGGUCCGUCUCUACGUCCCCAGCGCCGGCUGCGCCCUCGGCAGCCGCCUCCCUCUGCUCGUUUACUUCCACGGCGGCGGUUUCUGCCUCGGCUCCGUCGCUUGGAGCUGCUACCACACCUUCCUGGACACUCUCGCGUCCAAAGCCCGCUGCAUCAUCGUCUCCGUCAACUACCGCUUGGCCCCCGAGAACCGCCUUCCCGCCGCCUACGACGACGGCUUCGCCGUCCUCACAUGGCUGAAACAGCAGCUCAUGGGUCAAAACGGCAAUUCAAGCCAUCACCACGGCUGGUGGCUGAACCGCGUCGAUCCCUCAAGCUUGUUCCUCGCCGGCGACAGCGCCGGCGGCAACAUAGCUUACAAUGUGGCGGUACGGGUCGGGUCUGGAUCCGCACCCACCUUUCUGUGGCCGCUGGGGCUCAAGGGUCUCAUCUUGAUCCAACCCUUUUUCGGGGGAGAGGCGCGGACCGGGUCCGAGAUGAAUGGACCGGGUGAAGUGUCGGAGUUGGGGCUGAGCUUGUCCGCAUCAGAUACGUACUGGCGGCUGGCGCUGCCGACGGGGGCGGGGCGGGAGCAUCCAUGGUGCAACCCGCUGGGGCGGGGGGCGCCGAGGAUGGGCGAUUUCAGACUUCCAGCGACGAUGGUGUGCGUGUCAGAGAUGGAUAUAUUGAAGGAUAGAAACUUGGAGUUCAGCAGUGCAUUGGCCGGCGCCGGUGAGAAGAUAGAGACGCAGGUUUAUAAGGGCGUGGGUCAUGCCUUUCAAAUUCUGCACAGCUCUCAGCUUUCCCAAUCUCGCAGGCACGAGCUGAUGACACAUCUCAAGGACUUCAUCAAUUACCAGGACUAAUUAAUCCUCAUUAUUAGAAAAGCUGUGUUCUUUGGGAGGAAUUAAAAGGAGUUUGCAUACAGGCUCUCGAAUCUUAAGUUGUGAAUUUGAAUGAUAUGUAUAAUUAAUACACAUAAAUCAUGAUCAACUUUAUGUGAUUAUAUUAUUUGUCUUUUUUCUUUUUCUUUUUUUCAAACUUUGGACGAAAGCACAUAUCAUGUCAUGUCAUUUCACUGAAUCAAUCAAUUGUAUGCAUGAUGCUUGCAUUGUGGCCAUGCAAAUUGCAG